CUGCUCAAUGUUGCUUGCUGGGAAAUAAGGAAAGAAAUUUGACACCGAGCCUCAUCUUGGCUACUGUGAGAAAUACCAUCUUUGAGGUCACCAGACUUAAAGGGCAUUUUUAUUAUUGUUUUGUCUGUUUACUGGUACAGUCUUGAUGGAAGAAGGUUCCCUGAUCAUACAAAACGGUUCCGGGGAAAAUCAAAAAUUUUCUCGUCCACCUCUUCUCUGCAUUCUGAUUCCCCCAACUAUCUCUGUCACCUUAUAAAACUGGCAGACUCUGGACCUUUUGCACGCUGGAGAAAAUCACUGUUUUGCCUCCAGCAAGGAACAUGCAUGUUGCAACACUGACUCCUCCUCUAGUGAAGAAAGAGCGAACAAGUGCACCGAGUUGAGCUUCUUCUCAGAGACACGCGGCUGGCGACUGCAGAGCAGAGGCUAAAAUCCCCAGACGCCGGGUCUUCUGGGCUGGGCUUUCCCCCGCCUUCCUGCUCUGUCUCACUCGCUCCUCUCCUGCGUUCUGGAUUUUACACUGGGCUCAGGAAACAGCUUUACCUGUCAGUGAUAAAGCUCGCGUCCUUUGCAGGAAGUGCUCAACCCCUGGUAUGGCAGACUUUUCUCUACAGCAGCAGAACUAAAGGACACUUAUCGGUGAAAGAGAGCACCACAGAAGUUUUGCAUAUGAACCCUGAAGGGAGCCUCUGAUAUAUUGCCUGUAGCAAGAAGAAGGGGCCAGCCUGAAGAGAACCAUGCCAUCUGCACUUGCUUUCAUGCUACUUGUUCUCAACAUCAGCCUCCUGAAUGGACAGUCACCACCUGGAAAACCUGAGAUCCACAAAUGCCGUUCCCCUGACAAGGAAACAUUCACUUGCUGGUGGAAUCCUGGGUCAGAUGGAGGACUUCCUACCAAUUAUUCACUAACUUACAGCAAAGAAGGAGAGAAAACCACCUAUGAAUGUCCAGACUACAAAACCAGUGGCCCCAACUCCUGUUUCUUUAGCAAGCAGUACACUUCUAUAUGGAAAAUAUACAUCAUCACAGUAAAUGCCACGAACCAAAUGGGAAGCAGUGCCUCGGACCCACUCUAUGUGGAUGUGACUUACAUCGUUGAGCCAGAGCCUCCUCGGAACCUGACUUUAGAAGUGAAACAACUAAAAGACAAAAAAACGUAUCUGUGGAUAAAAUGGUCCCCACCCACCAUAACUGAUGUUAAAACUGGUUGGUUUACAAUGGAAUAUGAGAUUAGAUUAAAGUCGGAAGAAGCAGAAGAGUGGGAGAUCCAUUUUACAGGUCAACAAACACAAUUUAAGGUUUUUGACUUAUAUCCAGGACAAAAGUACAUUGUCCAGACUCGCUGUAAGCCAGACCAUGGAUACUGGAGUAGAUGGAGCCAAGAGAAUUCUAUUGAAAUACCAAAUGACUUCACCUUGAAAGACACAACCGUGUGGAUCAUUGUGGCUGUACUCUCUGCUGUCAUCUGUUUGAUUAUGGUCUGGGCAGUGGCUUUGAAGGGCUAUAGCAUGAUGACCUGCAUCUUUCCACCAGUUCCUGGGCCCAAAAUAAAAGGAUUUGAUACUCAUCUGCUAGAGAAGGGCAAGUCUGAAGAACUGCUGAGUGCCUUGGGGUGCCAAGACUUUCCCCCCACUUCUGACUGUGAGGACUUGCUGGUGGAGUUCUUAGAAGUGGAUGACAAUGAGGACGAGCAGCUAGUGCCAUCCCAGUCCAAAGAGUAUCCAGGUCAAGGUGUUAAACCCACACACCUAGAUCCUGACAGUGACUCUGGUCACGGAAGCUAUGACAGCCAUUCUCUUUUGUCUGAAAAGUGUGAGGACCCCCAGACCUGCCCCCCUACUUUCCACAUCCCUGAGAUCAUUGAGAAGCCAGAGAAUCCUGAGGCAAAUAUUCCUCCCACCCCUGAUCCCCAAAGUACCACUCCCAAUUCUCAUGCCGAUGCAUCCAAAUCUUCAACAUGGCCUUUACUGCCUGGCCAACACAUGCCCAGAUCUCCUUACCACAGCAUUGCGGAUGUGUGCAAGCUAGCUGGAAGUCCUGUGGAUACACUGGACUCUUUCUUGGACAAAGCAGAAGAAAAUGUUCUAAAGUUGUCUAAAGCCCUUGAGAUUGGAGAGGAAGAAAUGCCUGAACAAGAAGAAGCAAAAAGCUUCCCUUCUGACAAACAAAACACACCUUGGCCGCUGCUCCAGGAGAAAGCCCCCACUGUCUAUGCUAAACCCCCGGAUUAUGUGGAGAUUCACAAAGUCAACAAAGAUGGAGUGCUUUCAUUAUUCCCCAAGCAGAGAGAAAACAACCAGACAGAAAAGCCCGGGGUUCCUGAAACCAGUAAGGAGUAUGCCAAAGUGUCUGGGGUUACGGAUAACAACAUCCUGCUGUUAGUACCAGACUCACGAGCCCAGAACACAGCCUUGCUUGGGGAAUCAGCCAAGAAGGCUCCACCCUCGCUUGAACAGAAUCAAUCUGAGAAAGAUCUGGCUAGCUUUGCUGCAAGCUCCAGCAACCACAGACUCCAACUGGGAAGGUUGGAUUACCUGGAUCCUACAUGCUUCAUGCACUCUUUUCACUGAUAGCUAGACUUAUGGAACGAUUGGCUAAAAUGUGAUUUGUCUUCAGGUAACACUACAGAGUCAUGAAGUAAUGUGGUCUGCUAGCAAAUGUUACAGGAUGUGGGUAUAAAAAAAAAA